AUGACAAGGCAGGGCUUGAUAAGUCUCGUAUCGCUAGCUAUAUGCUGUAGUGGAUUAUAUGAUUGUUUCCAACUAGAAUUACCUCCAGGCUUAGUCAAAGGUGGUCAUUUCCAAUUCUUGACUAAUGUUUCCUUGAUGUUGACUAUAAUCUAUAUUUUACAAUCCAUAGUCACCCCAACUAGUUACAAUUUGAGAUUACAAUAUAAUGUAGUCUCCAAUUUAGAAUUUUCUGUCACUGUUUCUUACUGGGUAAUGCAUCUUAUUUUACCGCAUUUGUUAAACACAAAUUCAUUUGAAAGAAACUUUUGGCUUGACUUUAAAAUUCAUAUAUGGCCCUAUGUCUACCUUAUAUUUGAUAAUCACGAACGAGUUAAACCGAAAAAAUCAUGGACACUUACGGGGGUUAUUAUUGUUAUGUAUUGGUGUUAUAUUGAAAGAGUGGUGAGUACAAAUAACGAUGGAGUCACAAGGUUUCCUUAUCCAUUUUUAAAUAACAAAACAUUAGUGGAACGGUUCUUCCGGAUUACAGGUAUGUGGUUACUUAGUUGUUUAAACUAUUUUGUGUUGGGGUUUAGAAACAGCUUAUAG